CCCUCACUGGAGGUAGAACCUCAUUCGCUGUUUGGUCGCUCUUCAAGACACGCGAUUCCAUUCACUAAGAAAAGUUAGUUGCAGUUGACGUGAAUGUAAAAAAUAUCAGUGAAUAGUGAACAUUUUAAAUAAAAACAAUGUAUUUAAUUAGUAGUUCGUGUUUAUUUAUUUUAUAUUUAUGUUUAGGUUGCAACGCGCUAUCUUUGCCAAACUCACACACAUGUGUAGUCGGGGCAGGCUACUCAGGACUGGCCGUUUCGCGCUAUUUGAAGGAGUUCGGCGUUAAUUACACUGUAUUUGAAGCGUCAAGAUAUGUCGGAGGCACGUGGAGAUUCGACCCACACGUGGGCGUGGACGAAUAUGGAAUACCGGUGUUUACUAGCAUGUAUAAAUACCUCAGAACUAAUACGCCACGACAGACAAUGGAGUUUGGCGGCUUUCCCUUUCCAGAUAGCGCACCUUCGUAUCCAACCGGACCUUGCUUCUACAAAUAUUUGAAAUCUUUCGUCAAACACUUUGAUUUGAUGCCGAAUAUUCAAGUUCGCAGCUUCGUACAAGCCAUUAGAUGGAUAGAUCAACACUGGGAGUUGACGUACACGCAGACUGAAGAGAGAAACAACUACACAGUAUCCUGCGACUUUGUUGUCAUAGCAAACGGUCAAUAUGUAAGACCGUUACUGCCCAAGUUUCCUGGCCUGGACGUUUUUAAUGGAUCAGUGAUUCAUAGCCACGAUUACAAAGAGCCUGAGACAUAUAAAGAUCGUAGGGUAUUGUUAGUUGGUGCUGGAUCUUCAGGGUUAGAUCUCGCUACGCAGUUACACAAUAUAACAAAUAAACUAGUACACAGCCACCAUUUAGUUUAUAACCAACCCAAGUUCUCCGAUCAUUACGUUAAAAAACCGGAUAUCAAAGGAUUUACGAAGAACGGAGUCGUGUUCAAGGAUGGUACCGUAGAAGAAGUGGAUGAUGUCAUAUUUUGUACAGGGUAUGAGUAUUAUCAUCCCUUUUUGGAUGAAAGUUCUGGGCUCACGGUGUCUGGCAAGUUUAUUCUGCCGUUACACCAAAACAUUAUCAACAUCAGGCAUCCCAGCAUGAGCUUCAUAGGGGUUGUGAACAAAGUCAUUACCAGAGUGAUGGAUGCCCAGGCGGAGUAUAUAGCAUCGUUGAUUGCUGGUAAAUUCAAACUGCCCUCUCAGGAAGAAAUGCUUAGGAUGUGGCUCGCACACGUUUAUAGGCUUCAGUAUAAACGCAAGAAGAUUAUUGAUGUCAACACCGUGGGACCAGAUCAGGACCAAUAUUUCGCUAAUCUUACAAUGGAAGCAGGUAUAGCCAGAGUACCACCAGUUUUGACUGAUAUAAGAGACUUUAACGCAGUAAAUCGUUUAGAAGAUCUUUUAAACUAUAGAGAUUAUGAUUACGAAGUUUUAGAUUCUUAUAACUACAAACGGUGGCACAAUGGAGGUGGCAGUAGAGCUGAAGAGUGUCCAAUUGACGCAUAAGAGUUGUAUGUGUCACGAGAUAAAAUGUAAAAGUUUAUCAGGAUGCCAAAAAGAAAUUCUCAAAAGUCAAGCAAUUUUUUUCAACUCAAGAUAAAAUCAAUGUUAGAGCGAUGUUGUUGUUGAGCGUUAAAGAUAUUAAAAUGGCAUAAACAUUUGUGCACAAUGGAAAUAGAAAUAAUUUGUCAGUUGAAUUAUUCGUAUAUUUUGACAAGUUGAAGAUAGAAAUUCCCCUUAAAUUUGACUUGUGUUGAAUUAUUUGCUACAUUAAUGGGUUGAAGAAAAAAUAUAUACUAACCUAUACUUUAACAGUAUUCGCCAACGAUAUCAAUUUGAUCGAGAAAAAUACGUUUUAUCUGUUCUGUUGAAAUCUUCUUCAGAUUUGUUUAUUAAAAUAAAUAAAUAAGACUGCUUAAAAUCUCUCUAAAGAUUUUUUUCAAUAAAUAUAAUUUUUAUAAAAACUUAUAGGUACAAUACGUUAUUAUAAGUUAUUGAAAUAGUGGAAGCAGUUUGAAGUAUACAAUUUUAUAUAAUUAGCUGAACCGACAGAUGUCGUUCGGUCUUGUGUAUUGACAUAGGUUUGAAGUUUCAGUCAGUCAGUGAGUUGAACCUAUUGCAGUCCACUGCUGGACAUAGGCCUUCUCAAGUUCGCGCCAGACCUCAUUCAUCCCAUUUAACUUUAAAUAAAAUUGAAAUUUGAAUAGGGACACCGUAAUUAUCUUAAAAAGUCAUAAUGAUUGAUCGAGUUGUUUCAGAGGAGAGCGACUACAAAUACCGUGACACAAGAUUUAUGCGGAAAUUUCUUAAUCUUUCACUCCUUAAGAAAUUUUACAAAAUAAAAACAAAAAUUGCCUAAUUGGUCUAGGCGUUCACGAGUUUUGCGCUUAGCAACACAUUUCAUAAUCAUCAUCAUUAUUUUUAUUUAUAAAUUAUAUAUUAUGCAGAAAAUUAAAUAUGUUAGAUUUAUAUACUUAGUAGAUGAUAUGCGGUUAUUAAGGUUACCGUUAAAUUACAUUUUAAAAAGUAUAUAAUAUUUGUAUGCUUUCGCUAAGCCUAAAAAUAAUGGUUUCCUAUGUAUUGUUGUAUAGUUUUAUAUGUAGUACUUAUGUAAGUAUUAAGUACGAAACACUCAAUCAAUGUAAAACCUAAGUUGUUAUUUUUGAAUACCUAAACGUAAGUAGAUGUCUUAGGGCCGUUUUCAAUAAUCUAUCUAAGCCUGGUUUUUCCUACUAGGGAUAAAUGUUUGACAUAAUUUUUGGAGCUUACGUCAAAAUUCUAGAAAGCAAAUUAAGAGAUAGAUAAAACAUUAAAACUGGUCGUUACAUUUAUAUAAAAUUUGUUACAUUUGUUUUAUUAGUGCAAAUAUUGCCUUUUAAACAUAUAAGGGAGACCUAGGAGAGCUGAAACAGUUUUUUUUUUUUUUAAUAUAUAUAAUUAGGUCGGUAAAAUACGGCUCACCUGAUGGUAAGCGAUUACCGUAGCUUACAGACGUCUGCAACAUCAGAAGUAUCGCUAGCGUGAUUCAGACCCCACCCCCAAUUUUAUAUUAAAUAUAAUAUAAAAAUCCGUGAGGUCAGCUCCUUAUAAGUUACAAUACUAAUGAAUGACAAGACAAAGAGUAGUUGGUGUAUUAAGGUAUGAAUUUUAUAUUAUUUUUAAUAAAUCGAUACUGAGUACAAA